AUGGGGAACGACUUUGUUUCUGAAGAGGAGUUGGAAACGAGGAGCGUCUCUCAACUGGCCAGUCAAAUCAUGCAUGAAUGUUCAACAAUGGAGAUACAGUGUGAGAGAGACAGUAUUUCUCCGCCUAGCAUGCUAGCAGGCACAAGCACGGCUUUCUGGUCAGAAGUAGCACCUACCCUUGCCGCCUCUCGGGAAAAGGCGCUUGGCUUGUUGGAAAAACUCACUAUGCUUUUGCAAGGGCCUCACAGAUUUCUUCAUGGAUUUGUCGCUCACAACUGGGACCACGGUGCGCUUUACGCCUUUCUGCAGUCACCGGCGCUAGAACAUAUAGUUUCUUCAGGGGGUAGCGCCUCUAUUUCUAGCCUAUCGACCGUAUCUGGAAUCCCUGAUGACAAAAUGGCGCGUAUACUUGCUCUACUGCGGUGCAGAAACAUCGUCCAUGAGUCUGAAAAAAAUAUCUUUACCCUGACUGCUGUGUCAGAGGAGCUAGUAAAAGAUGAAGAUUUCCGGGCUUGGGUUGAGUUCCAGCUGUUUGAGACGCGGGUGGCAAGUGCUCAUCUUGCGCAGGCGCUUACUAACAAGCCAAAUGAUCAUAUAACAGGCACCUCAGGUUUCAAACAAGGAUGGGGCUUCGAGAUGUACGAUUGGCACUCUGGCCACAGUGAAAAGGGUGAUCGAUUUCCCCGAGCCAAGAAAGGAGUUUCUAAGUCCCUGGAUCCGGCUGACUCCUUGUUUCGAAAAAACAUUCAACGUGACCCUCCUUCAGGAUUCACCAGCGUCGUCGAGGCAGGUGGGAGGUAUAGUUUCGCUUCUAUUCCACUUGCGGAGGAGAGACCAGACCUUUCGUUCGAAAUCCGCUGUGACUCGCAAGACUUCUUGCGACGCGGAGAGGCCCUCGUCGGUCCAUCCUCCAAGGAUCGCAUUGCGUUUACCACUGUAGCCUCCCUGUCAGAUCCACCCCCCACUGGUGAUUCUACCAGCGUUUUCGUAUACGUCAUCCGCAAUGUUUUCUGGAACUGGACGGACGGUGAUGCAGUUAAACUCCUCCAUGCGUUGUUGUCUACACUUAAAGCCGCGCCAUCUACACGUAUUCUGGUCACAGACAGCGUGUCACCAGUACCUAAACAGUUUCCACCACACGUUGAAAUUGCAUAUCGAAGACGGGACAUUACCACUAUGGCGAUGCACAACGUGAAGCAAAGAACGCAAGUAGAGUGGCUCGAGAUGUUUUCACGGGUUGAUCCAGGCUUGAGUGUGAGUCUCUCUGCAUGA